AUGGCAACUACGUUACAAGGCAGUCCACGGGAAUGGGGCACCCGAGAUACUGAUUUUAAAAGAGAUUUGACAAACCCGUUUGAUUUCUCCCAGAAACGAAAGCUUCACAUUGUUUUUGCAGGUAUAUAUUUUGUGUUCAACAGCUCAUUGGGAUCUUCCAUUGCGUCUGGAGCCCACGAUGAGAUCGCCGACCAUUUUCACAUUCCUAGAGAGAACAUUCAGAUGGUGCUUCCGACCUCGCUUUAUAUGGCUGGGUUUACGAUAGGUCCUAUCCUUUUUGGUCCGUUGAGCGAACGUUUUGGGCGGAAACCUGUCCUCGUGAUUACUUUCUCCAUCUAUCUCAUCUUCACCAUGGCGUGUGCAUUGGCACCUGACUUUCCAACCCUUCUCGUGUUUCGACUAUUCUGCGGAUUGGGAGGCUCAGCACCGAAUGCAGUAUUGGGAGGUCUAUUCUCAGACAUUUAUGAGGAUCCCCAUCAGCGUGGAUUAGCAAUGUCCUGGUUUAUCUUUGCAACAACAUUUCCACCUCUUUUAGGACCGAUCAUCUCGGGCUUUAUCUCAACCAUUACUUGGAGGUGGACAUUCUGGGCUGGCCUUCUCAUUGCAGCUCCUGGAUUCCCAUUCCUGGUUACCAUUCCUGAGACAUACGUGCCAGUUUUGCAUGGUAGAAAGGGAAAGUUCGACACUGAAAAACAAAUUGCAGGCCUGGACAAUCCAGGCCGGCUCCCGGAGGAGCAGUAUAUCUCUAAUCGAAUGUGUACCGUUCUCAGUCGCCCAUUUAUCAUGUUCAUCCGCGAGCCAAUUGUUUUCUGUUGUUCGAUGUACCUCGCUCUAGUUUAUGCAAUUUUGUAUCUCUUCUUUGAAGCUUAUCCCAUUGUUUUCCAAGAUUUAUAUGGCCUGUCAGCUGGUGUAUCCGGACUAGCCUUUCUUCCAAUUCUGCCUGGAUCAGUUAUAGCAUUCGUCACUGUUUUCUUAUACAGCUUGUACCAUACGAAUGCUUUCAGUGCUGGACUGACCUGGGCUCAAUUGGAAGAGUACCGCCGUCUACCACUUGCCUGCAUUGGAGCUCUAGCAAUACCAAUAGCUCUUUUUUGGCUAGGUUGGUCUGCAGAGCUUUCUAUUAAUCCAGUAAUGCCAAUGAUGUCUGGAAUAUUCUUCGGAUUUGGCUACUUGCUAAUAUUCAUUGCUCUCAUCAACUACCUCACGGAUGCAUAUAAGCAAUUCUCGGCUUCAGCAGCAGCAGCAGCAAGUACGUUGCGAUCUAUAUUUGCCGUCUGCCUUCCCUUGGCCACCAACCCCAUGUAUACUAAACUAGGCAUUAAUUGGGCAAGCUCGUUACUAGGUUUCUUCUCGAUAAUGAUGGCUAUAAUCCCUUUUAUACUUAUUAAAAAGGGGCCCUGGAUACGUGCCAACAGCAGGUUUGCUCAAAUGACUCAAUGAACAACUAGCAUUUUGCAGGCUAUUCUAGAUCCUUAGAUACGUACUUGGAAGAUUUUUAUUAAUAGUUAUAGAGCGAG